AUGGCAUCCACUAUUCCCACCUCGUGCCCGAGGGCACCUCCCACCCUUCUAUCCAUGCCCCUGGAGAUCCGUCUGCACAUCUUUCACUUUUGCAUCCCCCAAAACCUCUGUUUCCACUGCUCGUACGAUAUCCAUGAACAAAAUCGCCCCAAAGGCUGGUCUCGGCCUGAGUGGGAGGACAGCAGCGAGGCUAGUGGAGCGCAAAGCGACCCUCGCGAGGUCGAAGAAGACACCAAUGAGCCAUACUAUGAGCCAUGUGGACUUGAUGACUAUUGCCGCAAGUCCCGGCGACAUCGCCCCCAAGGCCUUACCUCUAGUCCCAGCGCCUUACCAGGACUGCUCCUCGUCUGCCGCCAGAUUACAAACGAGGUGAAGCCAUUGCUGUAUGGGGGCAACACUUUCACUUUCAAUCACGAAAACGAUGCCGAAUAUGGUCUUUCAGCCAAUUUUAGCUCCGAAACAAAGACCUUGAUGCGGAAAAUGAUUCUGCUCCUGCGACCUGGUGGAGAUGACAGAGGAUGGAACCCGAGUGUUUGGGAAGGCAUCCUCGGCAACAUUCUGAUACUGGGUGUUAUUAUUCAAAAGCCAAAGGCUGACAUUGAUGGUGAAUACUUGCUGGAUGAAUGGAUCUCCUGGUUGACAGCAACCCUUCAGCAACUGGGCCCGGCCCUCCCCAAGACGACCAAGAUCGUGGUGGAUACAAACGAGGACGACUCCAUGGUUCAGAUCGUGAACAAAGAGAUUCCGGGGCGUUGCGUCUUUCAGCGACUGCGUGUAGGCGAUGGGAUCUUCAGAAGGGGGGAAUUUGCGGCGGGGACUGGACUUUUGGAUGAGUCGGACUAUGACUACGACGAGGGUCCGACUAGCUGCAGAGACAUCAUCGGUGACUGCGACUACGACCUUUACUAUUCCGACUAA